ACGCGGUCACACUACUGACAAGUUUUUUUUAUAAUAGCUCUAGAAAUACAAUAUUUAUAAAUAUAUUUAUUGUAUGUAAUCCAUUAUAAAAAAUUACCGUUAAAAUGCGUUGUUUUCGAGUAUCUCUCUUCAGUCGCAAACCUGUUCGGGACCUAUUCUAAACGCCAAGUGAAAAAUGUAAUUGUUUUAAAAUAUACUUGGAAAAUCAAGAUGGAGCAAGACACACAUUGGUAUGUACCGACACGAAUACUGCUGUAAACCAAUAAUCGUAUUCGUAAGGCGCAGCUAUCUUGAAACAGACCGGGCCUUUUGACAAGCGUUAUUGGAGAACUAAACAUCGAAAAGGCAAAUUGCUGGCGGAAUGCAAGACACGCUUAAGGAGCUUCGUGUUAGCUUUGCCUGGACCCAGUUAAAGUCGCAGAUUGAAAACAGCAGUAUGCUGGGUCGUAAGAGACGCCUAACUUCUGGCCAAGAGCUUGCCGACCCGCAGCCACCUCUUCUAUUAGCUCUCCCGAAUUCCGAUUGCAGCACGCAGUUUCAGCCCAAGGAGCAACGCAGAGUGCAGCUCUACUCCGGAAGUCCAUUGAACAUCAAGUUGUGCGUGCCAGCGGGUAUUGAGAGUGUGCCAAGUGAUCGCAGCAAGUCACUGAACACGGCGAAAAACCAACAACCAGCAAUGCAUCGAAAGUCCAAGAGCAAAAGCAAGCUCCCGUCCGUCUGCAGCCUUUCGCCUUGUCAGUCGUCAAGUGAAAAGGAAACUGAUCCUUCCGCGGAGCACUCAUCGGCCCUGGAGGAAUCGGUUGAAGCAUGUGAGGGAGCUUCUGUGGGGAUAGGAGUCAAGAAGUCGCUGCGCUUUACUGAUAUAAAAAACACUGGAAGAAACCAGCGAAACCGCAGCAACAGGACUAGAAACCGAAACCGCUCGUUGUCUGCGUCCCCGCCGUCUGCAGCGGUGAGGUGCAAAAUGAUGAUUCCGUUCCCAACAUUCGGCGCCACAUCCUUAGUUACUUUGCUCACUUUAAUUUGUAUGGAAACGGUCCUGCUGUCCACCAUGUCCAGCUGCGCCAAAACGUUCUACAUGCAUUGGAAUACAUCGAACAGCAUAUUUCGGAUUGAUAACACCGACCAUAUAAUCGAUGUCAAUAAAGGCAAUCUUGCUUUCGAGUUCGAUCAGGUGCAUAUAAUAUGCCCAGUAUAUGAGCCAGGGACUUUUGAAAACGAAACUGAGAAAUAUAUAAUUUACAAUGUGUCUAAAGUGGAGUACGAAACAUGUCGCAUAACAAAUGCAGAUCCGCGAGUAAUAGCUAUAUGUGAUAAACCUCAGAAAUUAAUGUUUUUUACAAUAACUUUCCGGCCAUUUACACCGCAGCCAGGUGGUCUGGAGUUCCUACCUGGAAAUGAUUAUUACUUCAUUUCGACUUCAUCCAAGGAUGAUCUAUAUCGGCGAAUAGGGGGUCGAUGCUCUACAAACAACAUGAAAGUUGUCUUCAAAGUGUGUUGUGCCGCCGAGGAAAAGAACAAAACAACGCCGAUAAACAAAUCCAUCUCAGGCGCAGACCCUGGGGGAGCCAUCAGUGUUAAUAUAGCAGCCAACGAUGACAGUCACGUCCACGGACAAGGCAACACCAUCGCCAUUGGAACUAAUAUUGGCAUAAGUGGGGGUCUGAUACCAGGAGGUCCACAGUCCGCAGGGGUUCCGAUAAAUCCGGUCCACGGCAAUAGCAAUGUAAACGGCAUAGCAACUACUAUUAAUUCAAACAUCGACCAGUUCAACCGGAUACCGAUUCAACCAAAUAUAAUUGGCAACAAUGUGGGAAACAACGCCGUUGGACCUGGAAUGGUUGCUGGUGGUGGAAUAAUAUUAACUCCUGGCCAUGGUCACGGCAACAUUAAUAUGCUGCAACCCGGACGAGGUGGCAUAAACGUAGCUUACCCCGGACACCACCACAUCCAAACUGGGAUCCGGAUAAACAAUGUGCCGACGCAACACAGCUAUCCACCUCACAAGGGUAAUAUCAACGGCAAUACCAACGGAAAUGAUGACCACCACCAUUACAACAAACAUCCCAACGAGGUUGUAAAGAACGAAGAACUAACUUACAAUAGUGGCGCAGCGCCUGCAGACAAGCACUUUUUCGCUUUGUGGAUCUGGCUCAUGUCGUUUUUCUCAGUGACAUCAAUUGAAUCUUGCUGUUUGUCUGCGUAUUGGAUCAACCCAUCUUUGGUACUAAGCAUUGCCGCAAUCCUCGUGAUUCACCAUCUAGUUGAAAAUGCGCUGCAAGGCGCGUUGCAGCCGUAUAGACCUGGAAUGGUAGUUCUCAGUCCGACUAUGAGCGUGGACUUGUUUGGCCCCACAGCCGCCACCAUCGGAUAUGAUCGGUGAAUUUGUAGUGAACAAAGAAUUUUGAGUUUUCUUGUUCAGCAUUUAUAUUUUAAGAAUACCAAUAUCACUCAACAUCUUUUGUCGCUCUUCUCCAACUAUGUUAAUAUGAAUAGUGAUAAAAGGGAGUGGAAUGGAAAGGUUGGAAUCACAUGAUAUGCUUACUGAUAUUGAUUUGGAAAUGUAAUUGCAAUUGAUCGAGUUACUUUGACUCAAAAUUAAUAUAAUAGAUCAGAUAGAAAGGAGAAAGGUGAAAUAGAAUUAAUAAGUAAACAAAUUAAAUAUAUCAAGUACAUUAACAGUUAGCUAUAGUGCUCUAGAUAUAACUGUUACCGCUUAAGCAGAGGAGGACGGCAGAAUGCAGACAAAGGGUCAGGUAUACAAAGCGCUAGCAGUUUAGCUAAAUGCAUUUGCAUAUACCACCAUCAAGUGCCUAGCCACUAUGUCUGCUGUCCUCCCUAUAAUUGUGUCCUUUUGGUUUUUUGAAAUCACUACUUGGCGUGUGUGCGCAAAAUACAUUCGCAGAAAUAAUAGGGCAAUGUAGCGAUUAUCAGAUCUUUGCAGCUAGAGCUCUAGCUGACUAAGUGACUGCCAGUUAAAUUAUCAUUCCGACAUUCUCUUGUAUUAUCUAGGCACAUACUGAAUGUAAUGUAAUGUCCAAAUAAUUAGUAAAAAUGUACUAAAGCAAAGAGAUUCGCAUGCCUUCGGAAUGGCUAAAGUGGAUUAGAAAUUGCCGUAUCACUGGAAAUCUAAAGUCCCAAAAAUGUGUGAGAACCCACAUACACAUACUUAAUCUUAUUGAAUCCUGUACGAAGGGUAUUUCGACUGAAAUUAAAAACAAGCGCUUAUUAAGAAAGCACGAAGAAAAUUAAAUAUAAGUCAUUUAAAUACAGUAUGCUGCAGAUUGAGGAUGACUACGCAAACAUAUGUAAAUGUAAUCGCAUAAGAUCAAGUGAAACUUAUGUAUGUGUGUUUGGUAUGCAUUGAUGUAUAUUUAAAAUCGUGGUAGGUAUUUUGAAUAUGGUAAAGGUGAAAUUCAAAGAACUCAACUAUAAGUUUUAUGUUCUUUUCCUUUUUGUUUUGUUUUUUAUUUAAUUUUCCCUUCGAAAUAAUACAAUUUUAUUUUGUAAAUGAACCAAGCAGUAUAGAGAAGUGAUUCUUAACAUUAAAUAAAAUAUAUAUGUAUAUACAUACAUCAUACACAUACUUACAUAUAUACAAGAAAUGUUUAGGUGAAACGUUAUAAACUCUGUAAAUUUAAUAUAACUUAACUUAAAUUAAAAAUUAAUAAAAAUGGGGAUGGUAAAAAGAAGGUCAAAUAUAAAAAAGAAUUAUAUUGAGGCAUCUUGUGCUACCUUCGUGUGAAAAUAAAAAGGUUACAAUUUGUAUUCAUAGUCUAUAUAUAGUGAAUAAUUCAAUGCAUUAGAGCGUGAUUACAUAAGCGUGUCUAUAAUUUAGUCCGACAAACAUGUGUUGAAACUGUAGGUAUUACGAAAUUUGCCGCAGCGAGUUAACUAUUUACAAAUUAUUAUAUUAAUUAAAGACAGACAGUAAACAGACUGCAUCCCAUAUUUCAUCGUUGGAAUGUAACUUAAAAUCUUAAUUUUGCAUCGAAUUAAUUCAAACACAACACGUUUAUUGUGCAUUUAGUGUAAGCUUCUUCAUGUUUUUCGUGUUUUGUAUCAUUUUCCAUAAAUCUGUGCUACUAAUCUACUGCAAUACAGCCUUAAAACUUGAAUUCAUAACAUUUUUUGAUUAUUCGAACUCUACGCGAAUUGUAUUCGUAUACUGCCACAGCAAACCUGAACACUAAACCGAAUUUAUUACGAUCCAACGGUAUCAACCGAAAUCUCUAGAUUCAGUCCCAUUCUAUGAGUGAACACGAACACCUUAAAUAUGCAUUGCUCUACUUAGGCCUGUAUCCAACCAUUGCUGUUGAGCUAAUAAUGGCUUAUAGGGCUACAAAAUGUUUGAAAUUUUGUAACAUUACAAGCCAUUUUUAGCUUGACAUGAAAACACGAAUGCGGACCGUACUGUUACUUAAUCAAAUACUUAAUAUCAUACUUACAACCAACAUUACAUACUGCAUACAAACAAACAUACAUAGAAUCAUACAAUAGAACCGUAACUAACUACAUAAUAAGACAAGAGUCAAAAUAAUAUAAAGAAUCGUUAGGAUAACACAUAUUCAUACAGCACACAUUACAUACAUACAGUUUUAUAUGCGAGCAACUUUGACUUUUAUUGACUCACAAAAAUAACCUAUUUUUAACUAGCAUUCGGCCGCGUUGUCUGCGAUAGUGAACAUAGUAGAGAUGUUUACGAAGUUCGAACCAAUUCACCUACCUUUAUUCCCGUCCUGGACAAUGUUUCAUUUUUCACACAAAAAUCGAAAUCAUGAAAGCAUUUUGCAAACAUUCUCAGAUCGUUUUAUUUAAAACCUUUUGUUUAAGUGCACUCUGCUAAAGUUUUUUGUAAACGGUGCUGGAGCAAAAAUUGUCUGGUACAUUAUUGAUUGUUUUAUUAUUUAAUAGUAAUUAUGUGAACCUAACGGAAAGAGUCUUUGUUUGACUCUAAUUAAAUUUACCUAAAAGAAUGUAAUUAUAACAAAAAUUUGAAUUGAAUCCUAUUGGAUAUAGGUGGACGCCGCUAUACUCUGUUUACAAAAAACAUUACAUCUAAAUUCUUGUUUUGUUUCUUAGAAUACAUCGACGAUGCACAAAAUAACUGUAAACAUAACGAUAGGAAACCUUUAAAUUGCAAAACACAAGGCCGAUCGAUCAUUUAUAUGAUUUGACAUGAUUGAACUCAGCAAAUUAUUACACUAGUAAGCAUUUGUAUUUGUAUGUUACCGGAGAGAAGAGUAUAAUGUAGUUUUUAAUAGUAGCUCAGCAUAUUUAUAUCGACUUAUACUGUUUAAGGAGUAACAUAAGCAAGUGCGUACGACAAAAACUAUGUAUGAGCAUAACAGAUAGCCAAGCAGCAAGUAAUAACGGAGAUGUGACAUGCAGAUGAUAAAAUGUAUUAAUAAAAAUAAAAGAAUUUUGAAUUUA